ACCAACGUUCACAACAUGAGGAGCUUUAAAAAGGGGAAAUGUUGUUCUAAUCAGACUGUAACAUCAGUCAGUGGAUCCUCCUGCAGACUCAACACAACAACGUCUGCAGCUCAGAGGCUGCUGAUCAGCACAGACGAGAUGAAGGUUCUUCUGGUCGUCUCCGUCAUGUUCGCUCUCCUCCAUCUGGGGCAACAUGAACCUUGUAACUCUCCAGGUGACAAGGGUGCGGACAAAAAGUUUGUGAAGAAACACAUCCUUCAACCUCAGGACAUACCUGGACUUGAUGAGAACUUUGACAGAACAUCAACCACUGAAUGGCAGAAGUACUUAAAAGCUAAAGGCCUCUGCAAAGGCAGACCGAUGCAGUCCUUCUUCGAGAAGAGGGAUCAGCGGAAAGUGGAGGCGAUCUGUCGUGGUGAGGGCACUCAGGUAGCGUCGAUGACACCGCGACCAACAGAAGACAGAAAGAACUUUUGCAUCAGUGAUAAAGACAUAGAUGUGUAUAAUUUUGAAGUCGAAAACAACAAUUGCAAAGUUAAAUUGCCUGUAGAAAAACUGAAAAGAAGAGUGAUCGUGGCUUGUGAUUUAUUUGGCACCAAGUGCCUCCCUGCACACUUUCAGUGGUAUAAAACCCAAGAAUCAAGUGGUAAGAAGUGCAGUGGAGGCCGAGUUUCUGGACUUGUUUAA